AUGGAAGGCGUCAACCUCCGCGGCAUCGGCAUUAGCCCAGACGGAAGCGCUCUGUUUGUGGUAGACAUAUUCAACCACAAGAUCAUGCAGGUGGAGGCUGCGGCUGGAACGGUGACCACGAUCGCGGGCAGCGGCGAGUUUGGCGACACUGACGGCGUGGGCGGCACGGCGCAGUUCGCCAAUCCAUGCGGCGUCGUCAUCAGCCCCGACGGCAGCGUGCUCUUUGUGGCGGACAUGCACAACCACAAGAUCCGGCGGGUGGAGGUGGCGACUGGCGCGGUGACCACGCUUGCGGGCAGCGGCACCGCGGGCAGUGCUGAUGGCGUGGGCGGCGCGGCGCAGUUCUAUCGCCCAACCGGCGUCGCCAUCAGCCCUGACGGCAGCGCGUUGUUUGUGGCGGACUUCAGCAACCACCAGAUCCGGCGGGUGGAGGUGGCGACUGGCGCGGUGACGACUCUCGCGGGCAGCGAUACCAGGGGCAGUGCUGAUGGCAUGGGCGGGGCGGCGCAGUUCACAAACCCACGCGGCCUCGCCAUCAGCCCGGACGGCAGCGCGCUGUUUGUGACAGACGCCAACAACCACAAGAUCCGGCGGGUGGAGGUGGCAACUGGCGCGGUGACGACUGUCGCGGGUAGCGGCACCGAGGGCAGCGCCGAUGGCGUGGGCGGCGCGGCGCAGUUCAGACGCCCACUCGGCGUCGCCAUCAGCACCGACGGCAGCGCUCUUCUGGUUUGC